AUGCUUGAAGACAGCGUCAACACGAGCACCCCCGUCGCUGAAGAAGACGUCCGGGCUGAGGACUCGGUUAGCCAGAGUAACGGCAAGGCCAGUUCAAGCAACAGCUCGAGGACAAUCAGAAUCAAAGCGAUGGCAAGAAAGGCAGCUCUCGAGGCUGAGGCAGCAGCCUUGGGGGAGCAACAUAAGCUAGAACUAGAUGAGAUGAGGCUUAAACAAAGAAAGGCAGAACUAGUGCUGAGAACAAAGCUACGGAUAGCAGAAGCAGAAGAGCAGGUGUAUGAGCAGAUGUCAGACUUACUCGACAAGUCGACAAUUGAAAGAUCUCCUGGACCGUGCCUUCCUGAAGAUAGCAGAAGGUCUCAAGGUAAGAUUGAACAAGCAACGCCAGAGGACACUGCACCGGAGCAGCUAGAGGACACUGUAACAUACCCACCACAGGGUUCUACAGAGUCAGUGAUGGUAGAGUUGUUGCACAGUACGAAGGAACAACAUAGAAGCUUGAUGGAAACACUGCAACUGCCAAAGGCAGAACUAAGCUACUAUGCUGGUGAACCUCUCGGGUUUUGGGAAUUUUGGAGAGCCUUUGAAUCCAAUGUUGACUCGGCGGGUGUCAGCCCAGCUGCCAAGCUUACCAGGCUUCUGCAUUUUUGUACUGGAGAGGCCAGACGAGUCAUCAAGGCCUGUUCAGUUAUGGAUCCAGCGGCAGGAUACACCAGGGCGAAGCAACUCCUCAAGGAACGCUUUGGUAAUAGUAACAGAGUGGCAGAAGCUUGGAUUUCUAAGGUCACCAGAGGUCCUCCCAUACCUGCUAAUGAGCCUCGCCAGCUACGAGAUAUGGCUGAUGAACUGAAGACAUGCUAUGAGACCCUGGUUGCCAUGGAUUACGCCAGAGAGCUGCAGCCUCAACGAGUCCUGCUGGACAUUGUGGAACGUCUUCCACAAUUCAUACGGCACAGGUGGCUGAGAGUUGCAAGGGACAAUCAGAGGAGGGGUCAUCCUCCAGACAUCAGGAACCUCGUUGACUUUGUUGAGGACAUUGCAGAGGAACAGAAUGAUCCCGUCUUUGGACCAGCAGCAUGGAGGAGCAAGACUCCGCCACAAAAGAAAAUGACUGGGAAUUAUUCAACAGGGGUGAAGACAGAGAACUUAAACCAGAAGUGCUAUCCCUGCAAGAACAGCGAUCACAAGCUUUUUGCAUGUCAUAGUUUUAAGGACAUGACCCCUGAAUGCAGAUUUGACUUUGCCAAGAAGGAAAGACUGUGCUUUAAUUGCUUGAAUAAGGGGCAUAUGACCAGAGACUGUAAACUCCAGAGGACUUGUUCAGUUGAUGGUUGCAAGAUGAAACACACCAAAUUUCUGCAUGUUCAACACCGGCAGCCGCGAAGAGAGAAGGAAGAUGAUUUACAGUCCUAUCCUGAUUCAAGUACACAGACGAGUGGGGAAGCAGUUUCUACGCAGAGCCAUGUCACAGGGGCCGGGCAAUUGAAGAUUGCCAUUCCAGUCAUUCCGGUUACAGUGUACAAUCCUGGAAGCAAUUCUGCUGUGGAUACAUUUGCUAUGUUAGAUCCAGGAUCCAGUAGUUCCUUCUGCACAGAGGAACUUGCCCGUAGACUGAAUGUUGCUGGAAGGAAGCAGACGUUAUCCUUGCCUACGUUGGAGUGUGCCAACAGUCAGUUACAGUGCAAUGAGGUUAGUCUUAGAGUUCAAGGCAAGAUGAAGACCGAGAUGAUUGACCUCCCUCGAGCUUACACCAAGGAAUCGAUUAACAUCAAUCCCGAUGUCAUCAGGAAAGAAGACAUAUCCAGAUGGCCGCAUCUGAUAGACUUAGACAUCCUAGACUCCUCUGGUUAUAAGGUUCAAUUGUUGAUUGGUCAAGAUGCUCCUGAGCACUAG